AUGCUCAGGCCUGCAGCGUGGAUGUGUUGCUCUCUGACAUUAAGCAGAUAUUGUUUGUGCUCUUCUCUCUUCUUGGGUCUGUUUCUGGUGGUGGACUCUGGAUCCUGUAACUUUCCCAUAGAAUGGAGACUGUACAAAGGCAGCGCAGGCUACUGCAGCACAUACAGAGGCGACGUGUGUCGGAACGAGCUCCGUAGGGACGUGCUGGUGUUUUUUAACUAUUCUCUUCCAAACCCGGAGGACGCUCAGGAGUACCUGGCCCAGAGCGCAUGGGGGGAGCUGGACGGGGUGAGCUCAUUCUGCAGGCCCGCUGCCAGAUCACUGCUCUGUCACGCCACCUUCCAGGACUGCAACCCGUCUGGACUCGGACCAGCACCCAAACCUGUCUGCAGGGAGCACUGUCUGGCAGUGAAAGAGCUGUACUGUUAUAAGGAGUGGCGCUCUGCUGAGGAAAGAUCUCAUCGAGGGUUCCCACAUAGCAUCACUCUCCCAGAAUGCACCUCUCUACCCAGCCAACAAGCAGACCCAUCCUCAUGCACAGCGGUUCCUUACGUUGAUCUCAAUAAAGACCAAGUUACAACAACAUGUUACAAUGACAAAGGAAGAUUUUACCAAGGAACUCACAACAUGACAGCAUCUUCCAUUGCCUGUCAGCGAUGGAACCAGCAGGAUCCCCAUCAGCAUAGACUCUCUGUAGAUGUGAUUCCUGAGUUGCGAAAUGCAGAAAACUACUGUCGUAACCCAGGCGGAGAGAGUGACAGGCCAUGGUGCUACACCACAAACCGUAAUGUACGCUGGGAGUACUGUCUGGUGCCCAAAUGUGGAGAAGUUAUGAGUGUGAAGACUGCACCCUCCAUUACAAAACCGGUCCAGAUUUACCCACCUCCUCCUGUGUCUACAGCCUACUCAAUGAGCGUUAUCAUCUUCAUCAUUUCUGGCUUCGCUGGGGCGGCCUUCUUUACCAUACUCAUCCUCAUGUGCCACAGGCGAAAGAAAAUGUGGCAAAAGAGGAAAAGUAGGGUGCUGGAGACGCCUACUCUGACUACCCUCCCCUCAGAGCUCUUGCUGGACAGACUUCAUCCCAACCCCAUGUACCAACGACUGCCUCUCCUUCUCAACUCUAAGCUCCUCAGUCUCGAAUAUCCACGCAACAACAUUGAAUAUGUCCGUGAUAUUGGAGAGGGGGCCUUCGGUAGGGUGUUUCAGGCAAGAGCCCCUGGUCUUUUGCCGAUGGAGCCGUUCACCAUGGUGGCAGUGAAGAUGUUGAAGGAGGAAGCUUCGGCUGAUAUGCAGAACGACUUUCAAAGAGAAGCUGCACUCAUGGCUGAGUUUGAUCACCCCAACAUUGUCCGUCUCCUGGGAGUCUGUGCGGUGGGGAAGCCCAUGUGUCUCAUGUUUGAAUACAUGGCCUAUGGGGACUUGAAUGAAUUCCUGCGACGGCGCUCUCCAACCCAGCAGCCCAGUCUAAGUCGGGAUACCUUGACGUGCAGCAGUCUCAUGUCAGAACCUGAGCGUUACCCACCCCUCAGCUGCCUGGAGCAGCUCUCCAUAUCCAAGCUGGUGGUGGCAGGAAUGGCGUACUUGUCGGAACGCAAGUUUGUGCACCGUGACCUAGCUACCCGCAACUGUUUGGUCGCCGAAAACCUGGUCGUGAAAAUUGCGGAUUUUGGUCUCUCACGCAACAUAUAUGCAGCAGAUUAUUACAAAGCCAGUGAAAAUGACGCCAUCCCGAUUCGCUGGAUGCCACCUGAAUCUAUCUUCUACAACCGCUACACCAGCGAGUCAGAUGUGUGGGCUUAUGGUGUGGUACUAUGGGAAAUCUUCUCAUAUGGCAUGCAGCCAUACUAUGGCAUGGCCCACGAGGAGGUCAUCUACUAUGUAAGGGAUGGAAAUGUGCUCACCUGUCCAGAAAACUGCCCACAGGAGCUGUAUAACCUCAUGCAUUUGUGUUGGAGCACUCAUCCCACUGACCGGCCUAGUUUCGCAAGCAUUCACCGCAUCCUGGAAAGAAUGCAUGACCAGAUGCUCCAAUCUGGCCUUUCUUGAGGAUCUCUAAAGAUGCAAUUCAAAGAACCGAAAUGCUCCAAUCUUUAAGGAACUCAUUAGAAUCCCAAAGAGCCCUGAGGGAUCUUGAAGAAGGAUAAAACAUUUUAAGGUAUCCACAAGAGCUGAAGACAACCCAGCAAACCUUUAAGUGCCCACAAAUACUCAAGAACCCAGAGGAACAUUGAGGAAUGUGUAAGAAGCCUGAAAUGAUUGAAAAGGCUCUCACACCUUAAGGAAUACUGAUCCCUCAAACUCUUUGAAGAUGAGUUUGCUUGCAUCUGUUCAAAGGAUCCCAAUUGUUUUCUUUCAAUGAAGCAGAUGUACGGCAGACAUCAGAUGUGCGCUAGUCAAGGUUUGAGGUGAUUCAUAUUAACAGGAUCACCAGUAAUGAAGGUUAACAUCUAGCAAUAAGGUGGAUGUAGUGCAGUCACUGAAAUAAUCUAGACUGAAAUCUCUGCAAGCAGAGACAUACAGUAUAAAUGCCUGAUAUGUGUACUUUUCAUCGCUUUUGGAUCUAUUUUGAGUAAAAAUCUGAGAGUACUAUGCAUCUGUUAGUAACAUUCUUCGAAAAAGUUAAUUCAAGGACAUGCUAUAUUGCUUAAAGCUGAAAAACUUUAUCAUUGUUUAAUUUAAAUUUAAAACGUUUAAAUAGAAUUGCUUAUUCCAAAG